AUGAUGGGUCAUAUUGCUUUCUACCCAACGCUUGCCUACAACCUCAUUAGGAAUUAUGUUCAGCCUCAAAGAUGGCAAUGGUAUUCUCGGGUGGAUGAUCAUCUUCUUCUGGGCGCGCUUCCUUUCCGAUCGAUGGUCGAUGCUUUGAAGGUGGGGUUGUUAUCGUUGGUCUAUGAUCGUGUUAUGUAUUUUAUGCCCCAUUUAUUACUACUAUGCGUGGCUUAUAAUGUAAUUGAAGGACGAAAAAGUGGCGGGUGUGGUCUGUUGCACUGAGGAAUUUGAGACCAAAGCGGCCUAUAACGGGAUGAGCGAGGAGGAGUGGAAAGAACAUGGAAUCCAGUUCCAUCAUGUACCCAUGCAUGACUUUACUGGUGAGGCCACCCACCUACAUUAACUAAUAUAUAAUCAGGAAGUGCUUCCACCAGCUCCCUCCAUUCCGCUGUCAAAUUCAUCGACUCGAUAACUGGAGACGGGAGUUGUGUGUACGUCCAUUGCAAAGCUGGUAGAACAAGAAGCGCCACUGUGGCUGUCUGUUAUUUGAUGUUUAAGAGGAACAUGCAACCAAAAGAAGCCUUUGACCAUCUGCAGCACCAUAGACCCCAAGUCAUAUUAAGGUCAGCACAUUGGCGAAGUGUAAAUGAUUAUCGAUCGUUCUUGGAUAAAGAAUCCAGCUGACAGCCAAAUAGUCAUGUAAUUUAAUUAUUUGCAUAUCGAAAGAAGUAGUAUUUUUUCGUAUGCUUAUAUAACUUAAUACUUCAAACCUUGAUCACAUUUCGAUUUCCUUAACAGUUUCUCGUUGGAUUAAAAAAUAAACAAUUUUGUGACGGGGCCGAAUGGAUUGCCCUUCAAAGAAAGAAGUCUAGGGUCCCCUGAAGAUGUUCGGGCAAGUCGCCUUGUCCCUAAUUCCGCGCCUUAAGCCCGACCGCUCUUCCGCAGGCCCGAAAAUGAGGAAAUGUUUCCGUCGGCGGCCGAAACCUCUUCAGAACGGCGCGCCAUCUGGCUCUUCCCAAUCCUCUCCUCAUUCCUCGCCUUUCGGGCUGAAAGUAUGAGGAAUCUGCAAAUGUUCGUGUUCUUGACAUCGGGGUCAGGAACAAUGGAAAUCUAUAAGCCCGCGCCGUUCCCACAAAGACUUGUUACUCUGUCUUUUUGGCCGUCGACUUUUUUUCCAAUUUAAUUCCCGUCUCACUUGCUUUGCAUUUGGCCAGGUCCUCCCCGCUUUGCUACACGACGAGUUGGGCAUUCCCGCAAAGUUUGGCCAGUUCUUUUUUGCCUAAUAUUUUUGAUUCCUUUCCUGAUAAAGUUGGGGUCCAAAGCCCUGGUCCCCUUCCCCCACUUGCCAGGGAACAGCUGUGUCCCAGCGUUUUCUUUGUGACCUUACUUAAAGCUUUGUAGAACCCAUGUUCGACGUGAGAUGAGGUCGGAAGACAUUGCAGAUCACGAGCAUCUGAUGCCCGAUUCUUCGUCGGAUUCGGCUUCGAUAUGUGUAGAUUCUUCCAGUCUGUACCUGGAGUCUUCCCAACUGAUUCAUGAUGGGUAAGGAAUUAAAAUGGAGUUAAAGUAUUUGUUGAAAAUACGAAAUCCCGAUUACUGGAAAGGAACGCCGCCAUUUAUAGCUUAUUUUGCAUGUUUUAUACAGUGUUCUGAUUUCCAAAGUAAAUCAAAACCGAUUUAUAAUUUACACAAAAAAAAGUUUGUUGAGUACGGAAAAAUUUACUGUAUUUAUAGAUUGGAUCCAUCAGAAGUCAGCAGACUACGUAAAGAUCUUGAGAAAGCAUUAGAAUUAUUGGCGCAGAAAGAAGAGAAAUGCCAAGAAUUAAUGAGAUUACAGCAGUCCACGGACUCCGACUUGCACAAUCUUACCGAACAACUCUUCACAGUAAGACCCAACCCAAUUGGACCUCAUUCCGAAUCUCAUUUAGGAGGCCUACAAAUUAGUAGAUGAGGAGAAAGCCCAACGAAGAUUAGCCGAAAAAAGGUAUGCAGAAUGUAAAUUGAAGGUGGAUGUACUCGAAGGAGAGGUGGAAGGACUGAAAAGUGUGGUCAAGGGGAAAAGAUCAAUCGCCCAGAGAUUCUUGAGUCCAGGCCCCUCAUCUCCAGAGAAAUCGAGGAAUCCAUUCUCGAGGAAGAACCGAUCGUUAUCAGCCUCGAGAUCUAUGGUUUCGUUCAGUGAGCCUGUGGAUGUAAUUCAACAGGAUCCGCAGUUAUUCGACCAGUUUAUUCAUUGGCGGGAGGAAAAAUUCAAUUUAAAAAGCAACUCGGAAUUUCUUCUACGAGUGGUGGAAGAAGAUAUCAAGCCGUGUUUGCUGUUCAGAAAUAGAGAGGUAAGCAAAUAGAACUUUUAAGUACCUCGUGUUGCUAUGCAGUAUAAUGGUUGUUGUUUCAGUUGGCAAAGGAUGUGUUCCAAAGCAUUCAAUCCAACGAGCUGGAGAUUGAGAAAGUCAGGUUCAAUGAGAAUGAAACGUAAGCAUUUUUUAGUUAUUAUGUGGAUAUUUAUGUUGGAUUCUCUCGUCUAAAAUAAUAUAAAAUUUGCUUUCCAGAACCUGUGCAUUGACAGAAACAUGGAAGCCAUGCCCAUACAAAAUGAAAGUGAGACCAAAUUCCGAUUGGAAAUCCAUUUCAAUCCUGGCCAGGAACCGAGUAAGUGCAUAGCCUUUCGGAAAAUUUCCGCCGUCGAUCGGUGCCCAGAAAAUGGAAAAAAUUAAAAAAACUUUAGUAAUCUGUUGUGGCUAACCAAAUGCACGACGAAUUGAAAGCAUUUAUUUUUUUCAGUUUUCUGGCACCGAUCGACGGCUGUGUUAAGCGUAGUUUUUUUUGUUUUUGAGAAAUCAAAGAAUUAGUCAUCAUUUUUUACGUAACUGAUGACAAGUGAUGAAGAGGAAUGUUUUCAGAUUGCAUCUGUUUGUGACUUCUACACUUAUAUUCGAUAUCUGAGUCAGGGUUUGGUGCAGAGUGACCUCAGCCGGAUCUAUUUUCAUCUUCUCGGACUUCGGAAAAACAUUCUUUUAGCAAAGCUGGGAUUCCCUUUGGAAUCUGGAGAAUCCACUAGAAGUGCUUGA